AUGACUAAAGACUCAACCCAAACUACAGACAGGCACGCACCUACCCCGCCAACCCCCAACGACACCCACCCACUAACCCACCACCGCAGCACCCCGGAAUCCCAAUUCUGGGCCCUAACCAAGCAUCCCAAGCAGGUGACAUCCGACGAUCUCGCCGCCGUCUUCGACAAGCUCCAGCCCAUCGCCCCCGAAAAGCUCACAGGCAGCCGAUGGAGAGGCUACAUCUUCCACAGCGGCCACCCCGCCGAGAAGCUAGUGAUGGAGGACCUCAAAUUCGCGGGGAAGGAUUUAAUCUCCUUGAAUGAGGUGAAUCUCAUGGUGUUCGACGGGGAGGGGAAUUGGGUCAAGUCGGAGGAGUGGGGCACUUCGAGGCUGCGUGAAGUCAAGUUCCGAGAGGUGGUCUCGGCCGCCUUGAUCUAUGAUACCAAGCCUUGCAUCGAUUAUUGGAGGGGUGUCUCGGAUGAUGUGGUGAUGGUGGCGUUGGAGGACUGUGGGAGCUUGACGCAGGGGGCGGGACCGUUGUUUGGGUAUAUGAUUAGGGUUGUGUUGGAGUAG